AUGAGCAACGGAAUUAAACUACUACCUGAAGAUGUGAUCAAUAGAAUCGCAGCCGGUGAAGUUGUUGUGCGUCCAGCGAAUGGUGUCAAAGAGCUGAUUGAGAACUCUUUGGAUGCUGGUGCUACGGAAAUUAUCGUCACGGCUAAAAACGGUGGUCUGGACUUGUUGAAAGUACAAGACAACGGCAAAGGUAUAACGAAAGAUGAAAUGCGCAUUUGUUGUGAUCGUUUUACAACAUCGAAACUUCGUAGAUUCGAGGAUCUCGAGAGUAUGAGUACGUUCGGGUUUCGCGGUGAAGCGUUGUCGUCGCUGAGUCAAGUGUCUCGUCUCUCAAUACUCUCGAGAACAGCAGAUGAGAAUUGUGCAUUUGUGGCCAAUUAUGCAGGUUAUUAUCUGCAACAUUCUUCUGAAAUGGCGAUC